AUGGUAGUGCUUGUAAUCCUGGCAAUUAGCCUAUUAAUCGUCGGUCCAGUGCAGUCAUACCCGUUUAAUCUGCCUGAUCAAAUCAGCCAAUCCAUCGGGAACUUUUCCGCGCACUCGAUGCUGUUCGACAUCGAUUACGGUUUGCCAAGGCUGAACAAACGAUAUGACUAUAUUGUGGUUGGAGCCGGUCCUGCCGGAAGUGUCGUCGCGGCUCGUCUCUCUGAGGAUCCGAACGUGUCGGUGCUACUGCUGGAGGCUGGCCGCGCAGAGAUUCCGUCCGUAUCGAACAUUCCGAUUUCGGCACCGUUCCUGCAGCUAACGGAUUACAACUUCGCGUAUGAAACGGAGCAUCAAACACGUGGCUGUAAAGGAUUGCGAGAUCGUCGGUGUAAUUGGCCACACGGACGCGGGGUCGGAGGAUCUUCCAUCAUCAACUACAUGAUCUAUAUGCGUGGAAAUCGUCGGGACUACGACGAAUGGGCGGCGGCUGGCAAUCCCGGAUGGAGCUGGGACGAGAUGCUGCCGUAUCACAUCCGGGCUGAGAAGGCCAAUCUGCGCGAUUUCGGAGACAAUGGAUUCCACGGUCAUAACGGGCCACUUUCAGUCGAGGACUGCCCUUUCAGAACCCAAUUAGCCACUACGUUCGUCGAGAGCGCGCAACAGGCCGGCUUUCCUUACAUCGACUAUAACUCCGGUGAUCAGCUCGGGGUUUCGUUCCUGCAGGCCAAUACUCUGCAAGGCCGGCGAGUUACUAGCGGCAUUGCGUAUCUUCAUCCCAUUCUACAACGACCCAACCUCCACAUUCUCAGCCGAUCCUGGGUGACCAAGGUGUUGAUAAACAAAGAGACACGUGACGCUACAGGUGUUUUGUUUUUUCGUGAUGGCAUAAAAUAUGCGGUAAAAGCGCGAAAGGAGGUGAUCUUGUCGGCUGGUGCCUUCGAGAGUGCCAAGCUGCUUAUGCUCUCCGGUAUUGGACCUGCAGCUCAUCUAGAAUCGUUGGGUAUCCCCGUGCUGCAGGAUCUCCCCGUGGGUGAGCAGUUGUACGAACAUCCGGGAGCAUUCGGACCUGUUUACAUCGUUCGCAAACCCACCGAUAACUACAUCAGUAUGAAGGAUUAUUUCAAUCUGGGCUCGUUACUGGAUUUCGUCGAAGGAAAAGGUGUGCUAACUACGAACUCUGUCGAAAGCCUGUUGUUUGUUAAAUCUCCAGUCGCUGCUAGUUCGGACCCUGGUUUGCCCGAUGUCGAGAUCAUGCAGGCGUUCACCUCGAUCACUUUUGACCCGAGCCCGGCUGCACGGAUUGGAUUUCGAAUUAGCGCAUCUACCUACAACGCGUACUUCAAGCCGCUCGAUAAUUUGCGCACAUUCCAGUACAUGCCAAUGUUGCUGAAACCGUACACGCGAGGAAAACUGCGUCUGAAGUCCCGUAAUCCUUUUGAGCAUCCGCUGUUCAAGUACCAGUAUUUCGAGGAUGAUCGGGAUAUCGAAGCGAUGGUGUACGGAAUUAAAGAGGUGAUCCGUGUUACGUCCCAGGAGCCCUUUAGUAAAUUGGAUGUUGAGUUGUACAGCAAGCACGCUCCCGGUUGUGAGGAGUACACUUUUAACACGGACGAAUACUGGCGCUGUCAUGUGACGGUGUUGACAGCCACCUUCCAUCACCAGGUCUCUACCUGCAAGAUGGGUCCACCUACCGAUCCUGAAGCAGUCGUCGACCAUAAGCUGCGGGUGUACGGUAUACGCAAGCUGCGUGUCGCCGACGUCGGCAUUAUACCAUUCUCACCAGCCUCCCAUACAUCUGGCAUGUCGUACGCGAUCGGUGAAAAGGCUUCAGAUCUCAUACGGGACGCAGCCAUGCAGGGUGACUAUACACUCCCCGAAAAAGCGCUUUGA